AUGGACAAGAAGCCCGGCGGCGAGGAUGACUGCGUGGACUCGGGAGCCGAGACGGGCGGGUCUGAGUACAGCCGUAUGUCUUCUACCAGCAGUGAACUUUCUGUGGAAGACGUGCAGGACCCAUUCCUUGUUAGUGUACAUAUUAUCACAGACCCAGGAGAAUCUAAGACUCUCCAGCAAGCCAUUGAUAAGCUUCUAGCCUGGAUCCAUCCAGACCUUCAGCUGUUUCGAGUCUCAGAGAGACGAGUGUCACAGAAGCGCAGGAAGCAAGGUAAGGUUGGUGUUUCUCAGCCAGCCCUUGCCAUCGUUCUGUUUCUGCAGGAGGAUUAUGGAGAAGAACCGAUCUUGCAACUCCAUGAAACCUUUCAGCGGCCACCUUGGCAUUACCACCACACAGAGCAAGUGCAUGGGAAAUUCCUGCCUUACAUGCCAUGCAGCCAGGACUUCUACACUUUGGCUCCAGGGACUCCUCUGUGGGCCAUUCGCCCAGUGCAUUAUGGAAAAGAAAUUAUCCGCUUCACUAUAUACUGCAGGAGUGAAAAUUUUGUUGACAUUUUGAAAUUGUAUGAGUUAAUCCUGAAAAGACCAGUAUGUCAGAAAAAAGCAGACUUCUGUGUUUUCCCAAUCUAUUCUAACAUGGACAUAGACAUUCAGUUCUCUUUAAAAAAACUCCCAAAGGGCCAGAUUCCAGCCCCGACUGAGUCAGCAGUGCUGGAGUUCAGAGUAAAAGAUGUUGGACAGCUUGUUCCUCUCUUGCCCAACUCUUGCAGCCCAAUCAGUGAAGGCAGAUGGCAAACUGAAGACCACGAUGGAAAUAGGAUCCUUUUGCAGCAAGCACAUAGUUGGUAUAGGAAGUCUACAAUGCAGAACAAGCUACUGUAUCCAUCUGCGUCAACAGAUUCCCGCUUCACCCCUCUGCCAGCCUGUCUUCCUCAGAGCUACCAACCUGUCUCAGAACAACCAAAAGAAAUGGGUCAAAACAAGGUGCAUCACACAAAUGGCCUUGGUCAUUACCUUGGUUUCUCCCAGCAGGACUUGAGACAUAGUGAUCAGGGAGACUUCACACGCAGAUCCAGCAGUGCCUCUAGUAUUUCCUGGUCAUUUCAACGAAGCAAGUCUCUAUUCUGCUUGCCCUCAAUGAGCUCUUCUUCAUCCUCAGAGACUUUUCAUUUCAGUGAACCAUUUCAGUUUUUAAGUACCGAGUCACCUGCAACCAGGUUAAAAACAUGGAGAUGCAGCCCCAGGCUUAACAUCGAUGAUUUAGAGGGUGCACUGGAGACUGAUGUAGACACAGGGAGGAAGCUGUCCUUCUCAGAUCUGUCAGUGGUCUCUGCAUACUCUGCUCUUAAUGGAUUUUGCAGUGAUUUAGGAACUUCUCUUCCAUCACAAAGGCAAAGUAUCAGUAGGACUAAACAGGCUGCUACUAGUGGAAGACCUGUCUCAGUCAUGUGCAAUACCUCUGAGUCAGUGGGUGGUUCAUUACCUUCUCUGUCUGAACGGUCUUCCAGCUUAUUCAUAUCAUCUUCAGUUUCACCUUCAGCAUCUCUCUCCAAGGAGCCCAAACAGUCCUUGAGAGCAACCCAUCUGGAAGAUCAUGUUUCCCCAGCUUCACCAACUAAUGAAGAAGAAUUUUACAUCUGA